CUUAAUAAGUCAUUUUCAUCGAGUGAGAUCUUGUGUUCAACGUUUGAAUUUGAUCAGACAUUUAUUCGUCGUUAGGAAAGAAGCACCAUAAUUUUCUUGCCGUAUCGACUGUCGUGUUAUUUAUAUGAAAGUCAUAUUAUUCGUGCUUUAAUCACAAAUAGGUCGUUCUUAACAAUUAAAAUCCUCUUGAGGAAAAUAUUACGACUUUUCUAUCCUACGUUUUUCUCCGAAAGGGUUUAUUUCUUCUUGUACUUAUUUAUCAUCGCUGUUUGCUCAAAUAUAAAGAUGGAUAUGGCGCAAUUGUCUAUACCGGGCUUCUUCGCCGGCCGAAGCAUUUUCGUAACAGGUGCAACGGGCUAUAUGGGUAAGGUGUUAGUCGAAAAACUAUUAAGAUCUUGCCCCGAUGUCAAGGAAAUAUUUCUGCUAAUGCGACCUAAAACGGGAAUGGGAGUCGAUGAUAGACUGAAGAAUUUAUUAGUUAAUAAGCUGUUCGAUAAACUACGGAAUGAGCGACCAUCCAGUUUUGAAAAACUUGUUCCUGUGGCAGGAGAUAUAUAUGUUGAGGGCUUAGCAUUGUUGCCUGUAGAUAGACAAAUGCUAAUUGAUAGAGUGUCAGUUAUAUUCCACGGUGCGGCGAACGUGAGAUUCGACCAAUCUUUGAAGAAUGCGAUUUUUGCCAACACCCGAUCAACACGGGACUUGUGUAUCUUGGCUAGCAGCAUGAAAAAUUUAACGGUCUUUGUGCACAUUAGCACGGCAUAUUGUCAAAUUGACAAACACGUUAUCGACGAGAUUCUAUAUCCCACGGAUAUCGAUUGGAGGCGAGCGAUCGAGGUUGCCGAGUCCGCCGACGAAUACGUCCUGAAAAUACUGACAAUGAAAUUCAUGCGAGCGAUGCCAAACACCUACGUCUUCUCGAAAAUGUUGGCGGAGCAAGUAAUAACCGAUUAUUCCGACUUGUUGCCCUGCGUUAUCGUGCGACCAACGCAGGUUUUAUCGAUGAUGGAUGAAGAACCCAUGAAAGGUUGGUUAGACAACUUUAAUGGACCAGUGGGUUUGACGUUCGGAGCUGCCAUGGGUAUCUUGCGUGUAUGUUACUGCAAUCCAAAUGGAAAAGGCGAUUACGUACCAGUAGAUUGGGCUAUCAAAACAUUGAUAAUAACAGCCUGGAAACGUGGAAUUAAAACCAUCUCCGAGGAUAAAACGGUUCAUGUUUACAACUCCUUGUUAAUUAAACAUCUGACAACAAAGGAAAUUCAUAAGCUAAUUUUCGAGAUUUUGCAAGAAUUUCCUAUUGAUGGAAUGAUUUGGCUGCCAACUGUUACGUUAACAAAUCGUCGUUGGUUAUAUUACAUUUUGAUGGUGCUGCUGCAUAUCCUCCCGUCGAUAUUCAUAGACAGUGUCCUGAAAUUGUCCAGAGCAAAACCAAUGUUAUUUAAGUUACAAAGGAGAGUGUACGUUACGAACAGUGCCUUAACGCACAUUGCAUUAAACGAAUGGGUUUUUAAAAACUCGAAAUGCUUAGAUGUAUUUGACACGCUUAGUGCUGAAAAUAAAGAUUUCAGAGUAAACUGCGACUUACGACAGGACGACUUAUGGGAAUAUUACAAAAACUUAAUUAUUGGUGGAAAAAUUUACUUACUAAAUGAAGACAUGAAUAACCUGGCAGCAGCCAAAAGAAAACGCAAGAGGCUGAAUUUGCUCCACAAUAUAAUUAAGACAAUAUUUAUAACAUUCAUCUUAUGGAUACUUUAUAGAAAAAAUAUCCUAUCCAAUAUCGCAAACGCAAUCGCUUAUAUAUUCUAUAUAAAUAUCUGAGGGUUACUCCAGAAUUAUUUACACCUGCUAAUAGGAUGCAGCAUUUUUUAUUUAAUUAAUGAUUGAGAUAUCUCAAUUAUUAAUAAAAAAAAAUCAUUUUCGACAUCAUCACUUAUUGGCUAUGGUUAUAGGUAAAAAGAUAGGGAGAAAACGUUUGUAUUACUUAUGUUCGAUAUAUCCAAUAUUUUGCUCAUGGUGACUUGGCUCAUGGUGAUGUUGGCAAGUAAGAAUACAUAAAUACUAUAAACUGCAACAUGUGAAAUAAAACACAUCGCAUUACAGUAAUUGGUAA